GGAGGACUCCGGAGAUUAACACAGCAGGUCGACAUCCGAGCUAGCCAGGACUGUUUUGGCGGAGGGAGAACCCACUUUGACGAGCCCAACACGUCUUGACAGUGGGGCGCGGAGACCCAGAGGAGAACCUAGAAAGGGGGAGCAAAGGGAAAAGCAGCCUUAGCAACAUAACCGCUUACCGCCGCUCUUCCGGACUCCAGAGGGGCGGUGACUGACUGUGGCGGAAAUGGCGGGUGUCCCAACUCGAGGAGAGGCCGGCCGCUGCACUCGGAGAGCUCAACAAAAGCGAGCGCAGGUGGAGGACUUGCGUGGACUUCUCUUUUCAGCAACAGCUAUGGAAGGGUAUGGGAAAAAAGCAAGUCAACUUAAAUUUCAAAUACCAAAGAAGAAAGCCAGUACACAAUCAGAUGAAGUCCAUAUUCAGUCCCCAUUGGCAAGAGUCACAGAUAAGCAUCAGUGGGGCUACCCUUUAAAAGAGUGGAAGCUGGAAACUAGAAAUAAUGCAAACUGUAGGAGGAAAGGACACUUUGAGAAAUGUCAUAUGAAUGAUGAAGGAGCAGCAUUUAGGCAACCUAAAGUUAUAUUGACGAAUGUCCUGAAGACGGAAGUAGGAAGAAAAUACAUAAAGACACAGCUUAUAACUGAUGCUAAUUUAUCUCAUGCUGUCAAGUUGCAAUCAACUCGGCAAAUCUCAUCAUGUGUUGACAGUAUAGAGAUAUGGCAAAUAUUAAGUUCACCUCCCCAAAGCCUUUUUAUAUCUAAAAGGCAACCCAAAGUUACCUUGACGAAUGUUCUGAGGACGAAAACAGGAAGAAAAUAUGUGCAAACUCGUCUUUUAGCUGAUGCUAAUCUAUCUGAUGCUAGCAACUUGCAAUCAGAUGAAGAGCCCUCCUCAUCUGUUGCCAGCCAAUCAUACAAAAAAAAAAGUUCUCAACAAAGCUGUAUUUUAUCAAAAAGGCAUGGAAGAUAUCAUAGAAAGCCAAAUGACCAUAUUCUGAAACCCUCUACAGAUACAGAAAGUAGCAAUUCAGUGCCAACUCUAAGAAGAUGUGAUGUGAUGCUAGAAGACUGUAGCAUACAGAAUAAAGAAAGAGAUAAUCAAGAUAGAGGGAAAAAGGAUUCAAAGAACGCCUCUGCUGGUUUGCAGGAAACAUGCUUUCAAAAUAAUGAAUGUAGAAAAAGAAGAAGUGACGUUUUUUCAAGUCAGUGGAAUGUACAUUUUCAAAAAAAAUCAUUGUGUAGUAAGGAACAGAGCUCAGAACCAACUAAGUCAUCUCACUGCAGAUGCCCAGGUGAGAAUCACCAAGGUCAAGAACAUAAUGCUCAGCAAGAAAACAUUCUCCGGCCUUUGGAAUGGGACUGUUGUGAAACCUUCACCGCAGCUGAUCAGGAUGCUGAAAUUUGUCCAUCUGAAAGCUGUUCAAAUAUUUCUCCAAAAACAAAGCAUCACUCUUUUAUCAGUGAGGAUGUCCAGAUGUCACCCCCCGUUAACUCUCCUGAGAAACAAGAAGCAAAUACUGCUCUGCCUUUGGAGGAGCCUGGGAAUAUAUUGGAAAAGAAUAAACAGACCACAGAUUCAGCAGAGCCAAUUGUCCUUUCUAGUGAUGAAGAAGAAAGUGCUGCAGCAAAGGAUAAAAAGCCCUGUCUCCAGAUUGGAAAAGGCCACAGACCUGAGAAUAAAGGAAAAGAACGAGAAAAUGUGCUGCCAUUGUCAGAAGAGCUGUCAGAGGGUUUAAUUGAAAGCAAGACUGAACAAGUUUCCACUGAAUCACUUAUGCUUAAGGCAACUUCAGACUGUAAGACCAAUGAACAGGUGGAUCUUAUCUUAGAUGUAAACAUUGCCAUGUUUUUUAUUGGAAACUAUAAAGGAAUGGCAGCAGGUUGUACCAGAUUUACAACCAGUUACAUUAAGAUUCCAUUUGAAGUGGCCCCUAAUAAGAACAUGGACCUGUUAGUAGAUACCAGGCACUUAACAAAGGUUGGUCUGUGGAGUGAAAAUAUUGAUGAUUCCUCAUCUCCAAGGAGUAAUGCUGUCAUUUUUCUUUGGCUGUCAUCAAAUUAUGUGGAACAGAUUGAAAAUAAAAUAGGAACAUGUACUUUUCUCACUACAGCGAAGGGUACUGAAUUCCUUUUCCUUAAACUGUCUGAGACAUUCACAGAAGGGGAGCAAGUCACAUUGACCAAGAUAAUUUUGGAAGUAAGCAAGAGAAAUUCCACUCCAGAUCUUGCCUACUUUUUGCCUUGGAAACAAGCAUUUCUGUUGUUUCAAGAUAUUUCUUCUAAAGAAAGCUCCUUCAUUGAUUAUUAUAGUACCGUGUUUCAGCAGCAAAAGGAGAGCACUUCCGUUCUGGUAGAGCUGCCAACUCAGGAAUCAAAAUUAAGCCUCACUAAGCCCAGUUACACUCUGCUGCAGAAGCAAAGUGGUGGCCAGUAUUCCUUUUCAAUUUCAUCUACAAAAGAGAAUGAAUGGAAAGAGUUCCAGGAAACCAGAUCUGUUGCCUACUUGAUCGUGUAUCCUCCCCCACCUGCAAAAGGAGGACUCGGUGUCACAAGCGAGGACUUGGAGUGUUUGGAAUAUGGAGAAUUCCUUAAUGAUGUGAUCAUUGACUUUUACCUUAAGUACCUCUUGUUGGAGAAAGCUCCCAGACAUCUUGCUGAGCAGUCGCACAUAUUUAGCAGUUUCUUCUAUAAAUGCCUGACCAGGACAGAAAAAAAUUCGGAGGAAAAUCCAAACCUUUCACUGGCACAGAGAAGACACAAAAGAGUAAAAAGAUGGACUCGACAUAUAAAUAUUUUUUCUAAAGACUACAUUUUUGUGCCUGUGAAUGAAGAAUCUCAUUGGUACAUUGCUGUCAUUUGUUUUCCUUGGCUAGAAGAAGUUAUUUUUGAGAAAUCUCUGGGUCAGUGUUCAUUGCAGUCACUCAUUCACCAGUUUCCAGUUCAGCCUGAAAUGAAAAGUGGAACUGUUAGAACAGAAACUGUUUUGGUCUUUAAUGAUAACAAGAAUGAUAAAGAAGAAACUGAUAUAAAUAGCAACCUACAACUGAACGAUAAUGAUCAUCAUGAAAGGCUGUCUCCAACACUGGAUUCCAGAAGUUCCAAAAGUUCCUCAAGCAGUUCUGGAAUAAAGAAGCUUUGUAAAAGGCCAUGUAUCCUUAUACUGGAUUCCCUGAAGGCAGGAUCCAUAGAGAAUACUGUUCAACUUUUGAGAGAAUAUUUAGAACUGGAAUGGGAAGCAAAACAUAAAACGCAUCGUGAGUUCAGCAAAUCAACAAUGGUGGAUUUUUGUCCAAGAGUCCCUAAACAAGAUAAUAGUAGUGAUUGUGGAGUGUAUUUACUGCAGUAUGUGGAGACUUUCUUCCAGGAUCCUGUUGCUGACUUUGAACUUCCACUGCACUUAGAGCGCUGGUUUCCUCGUCAGGCAGUGAAAAAUAAGCGAGAAGAAAUUAGAGACUUGAUCUUGCAACUUCACUUGCAACAACAGAGUGGUAGCAAGAAGUAGCUGGACUGUUCUUCCAGUUUUGCAAACGAUUCUCCCCCUAAAACUACUGGAAAUCCAAUCAGAAGCAUUUCUACCAUCAGACUUCCUGAGAGAGAGAGAGAAAACUGCACAUCAUAUUGUUGCCCAUUUUAAAGAUAUAUUUGACCUCAUAGUUUUAAAAAUGUGAUUUGUAUCACAAGCCACCCUGGGGAAAUAGAUAUGUAUACAUUACAAUUAUCUUGCUUGGCUGAAUUUUGAUUUGGCAUACAAGUGGCAUAAAUGGUAAUGUGCUGCAAAGAUGGGAAUUUUUUUAGCCUAUUUUCCAUAUUGCUAAAUAGAUCUGUAGAUCUUACUGCUGAUCCUGCACAAGAGGGAAGCAAUAAGGUGUCAUCUUAGAGAUUCCUUUCUGUGUAGCUUUUUUGAAUUCAAGAAAAUCAUGUGGAACUGGUCCUGUAAUUUCAAAGUGUAACACAAGAGGGGGCACUCAGGGUUUUCCACAUCCAUCUUGAUCUCACAGAUCAGAUUUGGAGUCCUGAUUUUUUUUUCCUGCUGUGCAGUAAUUGUGUAUAGUAUGAGUACUAUGUAUUUUAAUGUAUUUCAAAAAUAUAAGGCCAUAUGGUCUUUGCUGUACUGGAUAGAGAUAGUAACUUACACCUGACAAGAUAUUACCUGUUUCAACCAUGUUUUUGGGGAGACUGGGUGGACUGUUGAAGGAGAAGGAAGGCAGUCAGAGAUCUACAUCUAUUGCUUGCACUUCAUAGGAUCCAACCCAGUCUAUACUGAAAAGAUGAAUACUUGUGAUUUUUAUCCAAGUAUUAAUACUUGUAGUUAAAGCUAUUUGUGGGAGAAGUUCCACUGAAGCAUAUCUGUGCAGUGUGAAAUCUGAAAGCCAGAUUGCUCUUGUACUUGAUAAGCUAGAAGCACUGAAUAAAUAAAUAGAUUUUUCCCCCCGAGAA